UCCGUCCUGAGAGAGCGGGACCGCGACGAAGGCCGGGAAGCAGCGGCGCUGGGCCUGGCGAAACGUGAGGAGAAGCGGGAGCUGCCGCCGGGCGCUGGGGUGACCUCGAUCCCCCUCAGGGUGUCCUGGUUCCAGGCAGUGUGAUGAUGAAGGAUAUGGCAUCCUCAAGCCUGGAAGAUUUAUGCCUCCACAUCAAUAUGAAGAUUUCAAACAUUAAAAUGUGUCUCCUAUUGAGAAACAUAGGUGAGGAUGACUCCCGCAAGCCUGUGCUCCGUAAAAUACAGAAUGAGGUGAUCCUUGUACAUGAUCUCCUGAAUGAGAUGGAAAAUGAAGUUAAACAGCAAGAAAAACUGAAAGAUUCGCUCAAAGAGAUGCAGAAGGCUGCUGAGAGAGAUCAGAAGGAAGCACAGCACCUCCUGGAACACAUUCCACGCUAUCUGCCCAAGCCACCCCAGAGCUGCAACACGGUGCCAACUGUGAAUCACAAAGGAGAAACAAAGGCUGUAGAACUCAAAAAUGAGAAGAAACCUGCAAAACAGAAAAAAGCCAUUAAAGAAGCAGCAUUAAUAACCACAGAGGAGUUUGAAAGUGUUCCUGCGUAUUUGAAAGGCCGUAUAACAUACGACCAGAUUAAUACAGUUGUUCAAGAGAUUAACAAGGCCGUGGUGGGCAAGUACAAGAUCUUGUAUCAGCCUUUGAAGUCUAUGAGUGCACCAGUCAGAAACCUCUACCACAGAUUCAUCGAAGAAGAAACCAUGGAUACAAAAGGAGCAUUUUUCAUUGUGGAGGAGGACAUCAAGGCGUUCACUCAGCUGAAAUUGGAUAAACGCUUCCACAGCAUCCUCAGCAUCCUGAGGCACUGCCAGAGAGUGAGAGAGAUUCGCGGCUCGGGGCUCAUCCGCUACGUCCUGUGCUGACAGCUCCCCGUGCCCAGAGCCUGCCAGCCCUGCCUGGGCUCCAGGCAGCAGCAAGGAGGGACAGGGAGGCGUUUUGAAGCAUCUACCCUAAAAAAAGGGUGGUUUUUAAGCAUUUUAAUUUUGCUUUACAAAGUCAUGGGGCACUACAAACCCAAACCAGAAAGUCAGCUGGGCACAUUUUCUGGUCAGUAAGAUAAAAAAAUACAAAGUUUUCUGUAUUUUCACCACGCUCCUUUGGUCCUAUUGUGUUUCUGAGUGGGUUUUUUUUUCCUGUUUUAAUCUUUCUCUCAGAGAAUUUUUCUCCCAUUUGUUGCUUAAGAGAUGGGAACAAUGGAUAUUUAAGUGAGACAAAAGAUGUGGCAGGAGAGGGGGUGACUAUGGGAUGGGGAGGAAAAGGGGUGCAGUUUGCUACUGUCCCUUAGCUGGGGGUUUUUCUUUUGGGAAAUGCAGAGACACCAUGAGCCUGGGCUGGAGGCCAGGGGCUGGGCUUGGCCCUCACGUGCUCUCAGGACUGGAGGGGAGACAGGGGAGGUUUUGGGGCCAGGCUGCUGCUGCUGUGGAGCGAAUUCACUGCUACUGUCGAGCUCUGUCCUGAACUGCUUGUCCUUAGCACGCGUGAGCCUUUGCUUGUGAGAGCAGCCAUUGAGCUGGCACCUUCCCAGCACCCAGCCUCACCAGCAGAGACCCUUCCCAUCUGCUCCAGUGCCACAGGGGAAACCCAGGACCCUGACCCCCUCUGAAGGGAGAGAUGUGUCUGCUGGCUGCUCACGGGAGCCUGGCUGCCGCUGCCAAACCCCACUGCUCUCCGCUGCUGCUUCUGGCUUUUUGCUCUGCUUCAACCUGACCUGAUACCCAGCGAGUGCCUGGACCCUGCCUGUGGCUCCUGGCAGGCUCUGGGGUCACUGCUGCGCUCUGGUCACCACCCCAGGGUGCCAUCUCUGCUGGUUGUGUCCUUGCUGCUGGUUUGCCUGCCUGUACACCUUCCAGUAAACACAGAUAUAUGUUUAUUUUAAUAUAUAUAUAUAUGUUCUUCCACCCAUCUCCGAUUGUGCCCUUGCUGCUGGUUUGCCUGCCUGAACACCUUCCAGUAAACACAGAUAUAUGUUUAUAUGUGUGUUCUUCCACCCAUCUCUGAUUGUGCCCUUGCUGCUGGUUUGCCUGCCUGAACACCUUCUAGUAAACAUAGAUAUAUGUUUAUAUGUAUUAUAUGUAUGUUCUUCCACCCAUUUCUUUGCCUCAAAGCCCCAUAAUUCCAAAAUUGUAAUAUUUUGGAGGAAAGGGGAUCAUAUUUCCCAACUUCCUUGGCAGACACUGAUGCCUUAAGUUUUACUUUUCACAUUUUCCAGAUCCAUACUGCAUUAGCAUGUAACUAUGAACUUCACAUAAAGGCUUCUCCUCAAGUUCUCACGGUUCAGUCAGACAAAACAAUCCUUUUCCAGCCCCAGAACCAAGGACACCGUUGCAGCUUUGGGCCCAAAAGUUGCAAACAACAGCAAAGUGAGGAGAGCAAUCUGGGAGGGUGGGACUGCAUCACCUGGAGCUGUAAUUGGACAAUUAACCACAAUUUGGAAAUGAACCAAAGCUUAUAAAAGUGAAAAUUCAUGACAUGCCAUCCAUCUUGGGUGUAGCCUCAGCCAGGCUCUUGUACAGGAUACAGAGGUGUAUCCUUUGAAGGCUUUUUAAUAAAUUCCUAUUUUAUUCCUUUAACAUUGUCUAGCCUCUGUUCCAGGCAGCCUCUCAAGGCAUCAACGCCUGUCUUUUAAACCAAUACCAUGAGUUGGAGUCUUUGUUUAAGAUUCCAUAGCUAUUCAAAGGAAACCUCUGAUUCUUUUUUUUUUUCCCCCCAAUGCCUCAAACCAAUUUCCAGAUUUCCUUUUCUUAAUCUUUCUUCUUAUACUUAAUUGUACAUUUUGGAGUUUUCUACAUCAGUUGAACAGGAAGAUCUGAGGUGGUCCAAAGACUUCUAGACUGGUAGUUCUGCUAGUCCUGUGCUUUUCCUCCUUCUUCAUCAUGCAGCCAGAUUCUUCCCUCAGAUACUCAGACUGGCCUGAAACAGUAGGGGUUUGAAGUGAAAAUAUUCACAUUAAUCAUGAAAAUUCAGGUCAAACUUGUCCUGUUUUUAUUGCAAAAGUCUUUAUUACAGCUUUUGUUAUGGAAGGUUGUUUUCAAAUUACGUAUUAGCAUAGUAAGGUUCAGAGUAGAUUUAUUGUAAUAAACUCUGCAAGUAAUAAAACUGUUUUGGUAAGAAAAGCUGUGUUCUUUUUCUUUCAUGAGCCUAUAUCUGCUGUUAUCCUAACAUCUCAUCUAAAACACCUCCUCUUGUACUCUGUCAGCAUUAACAUGAAAUUUAAUGUGCAAAAUACCCCAAAUGAUCUUUGAACUUUGUCAAUAAAGAGGUUCUGCUGAGUUUCUAUA